AUAUAUGUAAGGUCCCACUAAGGUAUUCCAUCUUCUAAUCGUUAGAACACAGAUUUUGAGAUUCCCUAAUUCCACGGCACAAAUACUCCCCAGUCCCCGGUAUUCUUCUCUUCAAGUAGCCAAGCCAGCUCCAGAAUUGCAUUGCCGCAUCAAAUUCUUUCUUUGCCAAAACCCGAUAAGAAGGAGAUGCAGAUCUUUGUUAAGACGCUUACGGGGAAGACUAUCACCCUCGAGGUUGAGAGCUCUGAUACUAUCGAUAAUGUCAAGGCUAAGAUUCAGGAUAAGGAAGGAAUCCCUCCUGAUCAGCAGAGAUUGAUUUUUGCUGGCAAACAGCUUGAGGAUGGUCGAACUCUUGCAGAUUAUAACAUCCAAAAGGAGUCGACUCUUCACUUGGUUUUGAGGCUUAGGGGAGGAACUAUGAUCAAGGUCAAGACUCUCACUGGGAAAGAAAUUGAGAUUGAUAUUGAGCCAACUGAUACCAUUGACCGGAUUAAGGAACGUGUUGAAGAGAAAGAAGGAAUUCCACCUGUGCAGCAAAGGCUCAUCUAUGCUGGCAAGCAGCUUGGAGAUGACAAGACAGCUCGCGAGUACAAUAUUGAGGGUGGUUCUGUGCUUCAUCUCGUGCUUGCUCUGAGAGGUGGAAAUCUUUAGGUGGUUUUAAAUUUUAUAUUUUACAUUAUAUGGAUGACUCUGCAUAUGAUAUGCAGAAGACUGAAAAACGUUUUUAGAUAACUUCCUUGACAUGUUAUAGACAUGUUCUGUUUUGUUAGUAAUUUAUGACUCACAAAGGAAAUUGAAUAGUGUAAUCUUUGUUCUGCAAUAUAAAUUGUGCUUCUGUUUUGUUACUGGAAA